AUGCAGUUGGUGCUUCAAAACGCAACGUCUUCGAAGCCAAUGCCGCUUGCGACCUUAUACGACAAAUUGGAUUCGCAUCUAAGAUCGCUAGAAACGCUAGGCGUUACUACCGAAAAGUGUGGCGCUAUGCUCAUUCCGUUGGUAGUAGAAUCUUCAUUACUGGAGGAUUUAUUACGAGCAUGGGAACGAUCGAACAUGAAAGGUUUUAGUUUGGCAAAUAGUGAUAAUAGUGAUUCGACGAGAAGAAAGCCAAAGUUUUCCGGCGAGAAGAGAGAUGUGCCGAGUGCUAAUAGUUUAAUUGUCAAAGGGGAAGAAUUAUCUUGCAUAUUUUGUGAAAGAAAGGGACACGAGAGCGCGAAGUGUAUGAAGGCGCGAAAUAUGCCGUACGCUGAGAAACAGGAUAAAGCAAGAAGACAGCGCGCGUGUUUUAAUUGUCUAAAAUCUGGACACAGCUAUAGUACGUGUCGCGUGAAUGUAAAGUGUUCAAAGUUCGCGCGUCGUCACGUCCAUAUUAUGUGUUUUAAGGAUGAGAAGGACAAGAACAGUGUGUCAGAAAGCGUGGUCCGAAAUACGACUUCCGCCGUGAAUAUGCAAAUAGAGCAUAAUUUAGCCGUCUCAUCAGAGGUGCCGAGAACGUUCAUUAAGACUCUCAAAAUCAAAGUGCGCAGUGAUACGUCGGAAGUUAUUGUGCGAGCAGUGAUCGACACUGGCUCUCAAAAUUCUUACAUAUUGAAAAGUGUUGCGUCUACACUCAAGUACAAGCAGAUCGGUAAACAAGAGCUUGUGCACCUGCUAUUUGGAGGCGACCGAUCUAAAAUAACUACGCACGCGAGAUAUUUGAUCCGUGCUGGUAAUUUAGAUGGAGGUUAUUGGUGUAACUUCCAGGCGCUCGACCAAGAAAUGAUAUGCGCAGUUGUACCUACAGUGAUAGAGGGAAAAUGGAUUGAUGAGCUUAAAAGUGAGAAGAUUAGUUUAUCCGACGUGUGCAGUGAAGAGAAAUCAGUAGCAGUACUUAUCGGGGCCAAUGUUGCCGGAAAAUUGCUCACCAGCAGGCUACAUACAUUAGCGGGUGGACUAACCGCCGUUGAAACUCGACUAGGACGGACGCUUAUGGGAAAGGUGCCCAUAAAGAGCGAAGAUGAUUUAAAUAUGGCUGUCACGGCUAUUUCGAUGUUUGUAAAAGAGGCUGACAUUAAAGAUUUAUGGUCUCUAGGCGCUAUAGGGAUUAGAGAUCCAAUCGAGCAACGCCUGAAGAAGGAUACUGAAAAGGCUACAAAGCAAGCGUUGCUAAAUAACGUUAUAAUGAGUGAAGAGGGGCAGUACGAGGUGAAAAUGCCCUGGCUGGAGAAUUACCCACCCCUUAAGGAUAAUAAAAAUGUGGCUGUCAAGAAACUUCAAUCGACGGCAAGAAACUUAAAAGCAGAUAGAUUAUUUGAAGAUUAUGACGCAGUGUUCCAAGACUGGCUAGCUGAAGGAAUCAUCGAGUUGGUGCCGGUCGAGCAAGAGAAAGAUUGGGGGCGAUACCUGCCUCAUCGACAUGUUGUGAAGGAGAAUAGCACGACAUUUAUACGACCGGUAUACAAUGCUUCCGACAAAGAAGAGGAGUCGCCAUCGAUCAACGACUGCGUCGAAAAGGGAGUGACUUUGAUAGAAUUGAUUGCAGACAUCUUACUACUAUUCCGAGAAGUGAUGGAGUCGGCUAGCUUCGAUUUAAGAGGGUGGAAGUAUACUCACGACGGCGCGGAGAAACGUCAAACCGGAGUUUUUGAAAUAUUGUGGGAUAAAUCAGACGAUACUCUCUCGAUUAAAGUAGAUUUCGCGGAGCAGCUAGAGUCCGACAAAGUGACAAAGAAGAGUAUUUUAUCCGUUGCAAAUCGCAUUUUUGACCCCUUAGGUUUCAUGUCUCCGGUGACGCUCUGUCCGCGACUCUUAUUACAGGAAACCUGGGCGCAAAAUUUAUCGUGGGACGAAGUAGUCAAAAGUGACCGUGUUAGUUUACAUACAUUUUGUGAUGCUAGCAAAGAUGCCUACGCAGCAGUCGUAUUUUUAAGUGUAGAAUCGGAAUCGGGCGUAAGAGUGAACCUCGUACAGGGUAAAUCUCGCGUCGCGCCGGCUAGAAAAGGAAAUUCAGAUGCGCGAGUGAGUAUACCUAGAUUAGAGCUUCUAGCAGCAACUAUCGCGGCUAGAUUAACAGCCUCGGUUUUAGAGUCAUUUAAAGGUCGAAAAAUGAAUGUAUGUUGUUGGAGUGAUUCGUCAACAGUUUUAACCUGGAUUCAUGAAGAGAGUAAUUGGGCUACGUUUGUGUGGAAUAGAUUCAAAGAAAUUCAUAGCUUAUCUUCGGCGGAUCAAUGGAGACAUGUGCCGGGUCACAUGAAUCCUGCAGAUUUACCCUCUCGCGGAUGUACAUCGGAUCAGCUGUUAAUUUCCCGAUGGUGGGAGGGAUCGGAAUGGUUAAAAUCUAAACCGGAAAAUUAG